UGCUUUGACAAUCAAUACCUAUUCUUCUCUCUCUUUUUCACAAACACAAGACAAUGGAUCAUCGUCCAAGAAUGAUUGAUACUUCUUUAGAUCUCAAUUUACGUCCUCUCUCACUCAUGGAUCAAGAAGAAACACAUCUUAAUACUUCCAUCAAUUUCUUCAAUCUGCACGAAAUGGGAUCUCAUGGUCAUAAAGAAGAGGAAAGUGCUUUGAUUGAGGAAGUUAGUCGAGUGACAGCAGAAAACAAGAAACUAAACGAAACAUUGACAAUCAUGUACGAGAAUUACAACACAUUGAAACACCAGGUUGUCGAUUAUGUUAGCCGGAGCAUUACAAUGGAGAACACGGGAGCAAUACAGAUUCCCCGCAAAAGAAAGAAUGCAUUGGAUCAUCAUCAACAAGCCUCGACAAAUAAUAAUAACUCCGACAGCAGUUCAAGCGAUGAUGAUUCAAUGAAGAAACCAAAAUCAGAACAACAUGUCAAGGCCAAAAUCACAAAAACCUACUUCAAGACAGAACCAUCCGAUCAUACCAGCCUUUUAGUAAAGGAUGGAUAUCAAUGGAGGAAAUAUGGGCAGAAAGUGACUAGAGAUAACCCAUGUCCAAGAGCUUAUUUCAAAUGCUCAUUCGCCCCUGGCUGUCCUGUUAAGAAGAAGGUUCAGAGAAGUGUAGAAGAUCAGUCAGUUUUGGUGGCAACUUAUGAAGGAGAACAUAACCACCCGCAACCGGCCACUUCGACGACUGGUUCGAAUCGAAAUUCGUCGGUCAGCCCGUCCGGGAAGAGCUCAUUGAUCAGCAGUAGUAGUAAUAGUAAUAAUAAUAUUACUACUACUGUUGUUGAUACAGUGACUCUGGACUUAACAACAAAGGUCAAGUCCCCGGCGGAGGCGAAGAGCUCGCAGUCGGCGCUUAAUUCGCCGGAAUUUAAGAAAUUCUUGGUGGAACAAAUGGCAAGUUCAUUGACCAAAGACCCAGGUUUCAAAGAAGCAUUGGCAGCCGCCAUAUCGGGAAGGAUCGUCCAAAAUAAUAAGUAAAGAAAUAAGACAAAUUAAGAUAGUUGAAAGACCAAACGUGAGCAAUCCAAAUUUGAUGUUUUCACGUGUGUGUGUACGUAUGAUGACAAGUCAAGGAUUUGACUCGAGAUAUAUUAAAAUAUGUAAAUACCCAAUUGGAUUUGGAUUGAAAAUCUCCAAAUUCAGUCAUGGUGAAAAGUCGUGAUGUGCUGUACAAGACAUCAUCUUCUAUUGUUAUGAUAUCAGAUCAGACUAAUACUUUCCAUUUCUA